UGCCACAAGUUUGUUGCAAUGGAAGAUAAUGGGGAGGCAAAAAGUUUAACUGCUCGCCAAAUUGAUGAAUGCACAAGAAUGGCUGUAUCAGAAGGUUUGGAAGAAGGAGAGGUUGAAGGGGAAACCUUACUGAUAGUUGAGUCUGAAGACCAGGCAUCAGUGGAUCUGUCCCACGAUCAGAGUGGGGAUUCCUUGAACAGUGAACUUGGUGAUGAAGGUGAUGUGUCCUGGGCAGAAGAAAUGUCCUAUUAUUGUGACAAAUGCCAGAAGUGGAUCCCCGCAACUCAGUUGAGGGGAGAGCACCCCAGUUACUUGCGAGGUGAUAACUUCUUCCGGUUUAGUUGUUCAGACUGCACAGAGGAUCGGAAGGAGCAUUUUGAAAGACUGAAGCUCACAUGGCAACAAGUUGUGGUGUUGGCCAUGUACAAUUUAUCAUUGGAAGGGACUGGUCGCCAAGGCUACUUCCGUUGGAAGGAGGAUAUAUGUGCUUUUAUCGACAAGCACUGGGCAUUCUUGUUAGGAAACAGGAAAAAGACCUCAACUUGGUGGAGUACUGUAGCUGGCUGCCUGUCCGUGGGCAGUCCGAUGUAUUUCCGCUCGGGUGCUCAGCAGUUUGGUGAACCUGGCUGGUGGAAGUUGGUGCACAAUAAGCCCCCAGUCCUGAGGCCAGAAGGGGAGAGACCAUCAAGCACAACACUGAAGGCAAGAGCUGUGAAACCACCCCUGGAUCCAAUUAUUACAGUGGAAGGGCUUCGGAAACGAGUAAGUCGCAACCCUGUGGAAACAGCCAUGGAACUGAAGGAGAAACGCUCACGUACUCAGGAAGCUAAGGACAUCCGGCGUGCUCAGAAGGAAGCCGCUAGCUUCAUUGAUCGGAGCACGUCCUCCACCCCAGUGAAGUUGUCCAGCCGGACACGCAGGACAGAACUGGUCCUGGAGAAAGGGGAGGUGAUUGACUUCUCGUCCCUGAGCUCUUCAGAUCGGACUCCACUCACCAGCCCCUCCCCAUCCCCCUCACUGGAUUUCUCCGCUCCUGGAACACCAUUAUCCCAUUCGGCCACCCCAAGUCUUUUAUCUGAAGCAGAUCUCAUUCCUGACAUCAUGCCUCCACAGGCGCUCUUUCAUGAUGAUGAAGAGGGAGAUCCGGAUGGCGUCAUUGACCCUGGGAUAGAGUACAUACCACCUCCCAGCAUGGUCAGCAGCGCAGUGAUUGUAGGCAGGAAGAAAGUAAAGGUACAUGAGCAAAUCAAGCGUGAAGCUGAGGAGGAUGAAGACAGAGAUGAGAAAAUGGAAGAUGACACCGAAGAACCCGAGCAUGGCAUUGAGUUGUCCCAAACUAGGGCUCAUGAAAGGAAAAAAGUCCAGAUGGAGCGGGUUGUGCAGCCGCCUGUUCCCAAAUAUACAGCCCUCAGUUUGUACGAUGAGCGACUGCUGCUCCGAAGGCUGGAAUCGUGCCCUCACGCAUUAGCCUUGAGCGUUGAGGCCAAAAGACUCCGUCGCAAAUUGCUUGUGAGACAAGCCAAAAGGGAAAGGGGUUUGCCCCUCUUUGACCUGGAUCGAGCUGUUGAAGCUGCUGUUUCACUGGUUGGUGAGGUGUAUAGAGCCAAGGAAGGUAACUGUAAUGGGAUACCUAUGGGCACUGGGACCUUCCGGACUACCAGUCAUGACUUUCGGAUCCUGGACCGGUAUCAGAUACCUUUAUCUCAUACAAAGGGAUACCAAGAGCAAAGGAUAAAGUUCUUGCAUCGACUGACUGGAUCGGGAGACCUGAGAAACCAAUGUAUUGUCAGCCCAUAUACAUCACGGGUGCUCAAGCCAUAUAUCAGGCGUGACUUUGACUGUAUUCCACCUAAACUAAAACUAUUGGCAGAAGUUCGCGCUUACCCACAUCGGGAUGACCCAAGCUGGAAAGCAGAAGCAGAAGCUCCAAUUGAUUACUGCUAUGUCUGUCCUAAUUUUAUUCCUACGAUAAACUCCAUGUGCCAUGAGUUCUUCUGGCCAGGCAUUGACAUGUCAGAGUGCUUGCAGUACCCAGAUUUCAGUGUUGUUGUUCUCUACAAAAAAGUUAUAAUUGGUUUUGGCUUCAUGGUUCCUGAUGUGAAAUACAACCAGGCUUAUAUUUCCUUUCUGCUGGUCCACCCGGAGUGGAGGAGAGCUGGGAUUGCAACUUUCAUGAUUUAUCACCUCAUUCAGACCUGCAUGGGGAAGGAUGUGACUCUACAUGUCUCGGCCAGUAACUCUGCUAUGCUGCUGUACCAGAAGUUUGGAUUCAAGGCUGAGGAAUACAUCUUGGAUUUCUAUGACAAGUAUCACCCCUUGGAUAGUAAGGAGUGUAAACAUGCAUUUCUCCUCAGAUUGCGGAGGUAAU